CGUCACAGGAAACACACGGUCAAGAUGGCGCGCUGCAGUGUGUGAAGGGGACUCAGCGGCUGCCGGUCAUUUGCUGGAAGAACAUGUACAGAACAUCAUGUAGUAAACUGACGGGAGCCUGGAAAUGCCUUCCGCUUGACGGCUUGGUUGGGUUCAGCGUGCAACAGAAGAUUUUUGCAAAUGCUUCUAGGAGUCGCAUGAGUGCCAGAAGUCUGAUUCAGCUCUGCAAGAAAAAUCAGGCAGAAUGGAUCACGUUUCAGCAUCUCUGCUUUCUGAAGAGACAGUAUGUGAAGAGCAGCACUGGUCUGUGCCAGAGAGCGAGACCAAAGCAGGAGCCUGUUUCUGCUGUGCUGGAUGAUAGAGAUGAUUCGAUGGUCCGACAGGUUCAGCAAAUCCCAGCCUUAAAGCCUGAGCCCGGUUCUGAGGUGUCAACAUGUGCCACGGAGAGCAACCAGGUUGAACCAGAGGCAGACAGAGCAGCUCGCCUGGAGGCCCGCCAGUGGAAAGAGAUGAGGGUUCAAUACAGUGAUUUACCAGAGAUUUAUGCACGGCUCUCCAAACUGAAAUUAACAGCCCUUGUGGUUACUACAGCAGCUGCCGGCUUCGCCAUGGCUCCAGUGCCCUUCGACCCUGUCGCUUUUUUGAUGGCUUCGGUGGGAACGGGUCUUUCGUCCUGUACGGCCAACUCCAUCAAUCAGUACUUUGAGGUGCCCUUUGACUCCAACAUGAAUCGUACCAAAAACAGACCCCUGGUCAGAGGACAGAUCAGCCCUCUGCAUGCCGUGUCUUUCGCUCUGGCCUGUGGGAUCCCGGGUGUGACCCUGUUGACCCUGGGUGUGAAUCCUCUGACUGGCUUCCUGGGCGCCCUGAACAUCUUCCUGUACACGUGCUGCUACACUCCUCUGAAGCGCCUCAGCAUCGCCAACACCUGGGUGGGUUCAGUGGUGGGCGCUAUCCCACCUGUGAUGGGCUGGACAGCAGCGACCGGCUCUCUCGAUCCAGGAGCACUUUUACUGGGAGCCUUCCUGUUCUCCUGGCAGUUUCCUCACUUUAAUGCCUUGAGCUGGAAUCUGAGAGAGGACUAUUCGCGCGGCGGGUACCGAAUGAUGUCCGUCACCCAUCCUGGCCUUUGUAAGCGUGUGGCCCUGCGCCACAGCGUGGCCCUGAUUUUCCUCUCAGCUUUGGGCCCCGUGCUGGACGUCACCACCUGGACGUUUCCUUUAGUCUCCCUGCCCAUUAACCUUUACAUCAGCUACCUGGCGUUCAGGUUUUACAGGCACGGCGAUCGGCAGAACUCACGCAAGCUGUUUUUCUGUAGUCUUUGGCAUCUGCCCAUGCUUUUGCUGCUGGCUCUCACCUGUAAAAAGAGCCGCGUGGCGCAGGACGAGGCCGCUGUCACGUCCAGCUCGGCUUCUUUGGCUUUGUAGAGCAACAUACUUCCAUACUGGCUCGAUAAUUGCUGUCGCACACUAAAUAAUUAUUUUGGCACUUAAAAGACACCAAAAGUUAGAAAUCAUAACCUCUUUCCAUUUUGAAAGUUUCCAUCAGGGAAAAAAAGUGCUAAAAAUCCCUGAAUUCACUCAGGUAACGUGUACACAAAUCAAUGUCCGUGUAAAUACAUGAUAUAUUUAUUUAACGCAGCCCCCAUCCUGUUGAUUAAAAGCUUGUAGACUCAUGUGCGUCUAUGUAAAAAGCAUAACGGAAAUUGAAGGUCUACAAGAGAGCAUUUUGCAUUCAAAUCGCCGUUACUGUUGAUGUUUUGGUUAAGUGCAGAAAACGGUUUGUGCUAAUGCAUUUCAAAGUUUGUCCUCUUUUAAUUACUUGCUAAGUGACGUUUUCACUUUCUAAUAUUUCAUUGCAUAAAUUAAUGGGUUGGUAAAAAAUCUGUCAGCCCAGAAGGCUUUAUUAUUGUAUGAAACUCCGUCCCUCUGAGUUUGAGUUGAGAUGUUUAAAGGCUGAUAUUUUGGAGAGCUUUCAGGUAUCAGAUUAAUCAAAGAUAGUUUAUUAUUUGAAAAUUAGUCAAAUAAACCCAUUUGAAGUCCCCAGUAUUAAAUUAAUGAUGUUAAUUAAUUGAAUGUAAAAGUGCUGAGUUUUUUUUACUUCAUUGGCUUGCUCCAAAUGGCGACGUUUUACACAGAUCUGACCUCACUCUACCAAUGACUUGUGUAAGACACAAUAAAAGAAAGUUCAUGUUAAUAAAAUGUUACGAUCAA